UGCUGUCACGCCUCUGUGUGUGUGUGUCAGUCUGUGCGGGUUUAGUGAACUUCGCUGCAGUUUCCUCUUCAUUUCUGUGAUUUAUUAUUAUUAUUAUUUAACUUAAAGUAAUAAAGAUGCCUCUGGAGUUCGAGCUCUGCCCCGGCCGCGUGAUCGGAGGAAAUCAGCCGUGUUUUAUCAUCGCGGAAAUCGGACAGAAUCACCAGGGGGACAUUGAGAUCGCCAAGAAAAUGAUCAAAAUGGCCAAAGAUUGUGGUGCAGAUUGUGCGAAGUUCCAGAAGAGUGAGCUGGAGUUUAAGUUUAAUAAGCUGGCUCUGGAGAGACCGUACACCUCCAAACACUCCUGGGGGAAAACCUACGGAGAACACAAACGCCACCUGGAGUUCACACACCAGCAGUACAGGGAGCUGCAGAGCUACGCUCAGGAUAUCGGCAUCUACUUCACCGCCUCGGGCAUGGACGAGAUGGCUGUGGAAUUUCUUCACCAAAUCAACGUGCCUUUCUUCAAAGUCGGCUCUGGAGACACCAACAACUUCCCAUACCUGGAGAAGACGGCUCAGAAAGGUCGUCCUAUGGUGGUGUCCAGCGGGAUGCAGAGUAUGGAGACGAUGAGGCGUGUGUAUCAGACAGUGAAGAAACACAACCAGAACUUCUGCAUCCUGCAGUGUACCAGUGCCUAUCCCCUCGAACCCGAACACGUCAACCUGCGUGUCAUCACGCAAUACCAGAAGGAGUUCCCGGACAUUCCCAUUGGCUACUCGGGUCAUGAGACGGGCAUCAGUGUGUCGGUGGCGGCCGUGGCUCUGGGUGCGAAGGUGUUGGAGCGUCAUGUGACUCUGGAUAAGAACUGGAAGGGCAGUGACCACUCCGCCUCGCUCGACCCCUCUGAACUCGCCGAGUUGGUACGAUCCGUCCGAAUUGUGGAGAGGGCGCUAGGCAACGGCAUCAAAGGCAUGCUGCCCUGUGAGGUGCCCUGUCACGACAAGCUGGGUAAGUCUGUAGUGGCGAAGACGGUGAUUCCUAAGGGGACAGAGUUGACCCUGGACAUGCUGGCGGUGAAGGUGGCCGAGCCGAAGGGCGUGGCCCCGGAGCACAUUUUCGAGCUGGUGGGGAAGAAAGUGUUGAAGGACAUCGGGGAGGACGAGAGCGUGACUGAGGACGCGGUGGAGAACCACAGCAAACCAGCCUGAGUGUGAAGAAGCUGAAACACUGCUGUGUGUCUCUGAUCUUCAGCUGGGGGACGCUUCUCAUGGAGCCAUCAGCAGUGUGAGAUACAGGAGAACCUUCUCCAAACCUUCAUCACCAAAUAAAGAAUCAAACCCAAAGCA